GUCUCCCCCUCUCUUUAUUAUCUCUCGCUUACACGACAAAGGCUUAACGGGCUGAACAACAACUGUAACGUAACUCAACGCAGCCAUAAAAUUCAGAGGAAGUUCACCGUUAACAAGUAACAAAGAGAUCUGUGUUCAAGAGGCGCCCAGCUUGCUUUGUCAGUUAAAGAAGCAAAACAACGUUAACGUUAGCUGUCGGGUUUUAAGUGACGUUGCUAACGUUGGCUAGCUGUGUUGUUUAUGCUGUGGUUUGACGGACUGGGCUGUUGUUUUUUCCAAGUCUAAGGAAGAAAACAUAUUUAUUGAUGGUGUGUCUGUACAUCAGAUGAUUUUGCAUACCGAAUAGCUAGACUGACACCCUAACAAUAACGUCAGAUAACCUUAAACUAAUAUUAGCUAACUUACGUGUUAAGAAUUCGAGGCUCCGUUAGCAAGGUGGUCAGCUAACUUGUUUUAUGCAAUUGACAGUCGUCAAGAAAUUGACCAUUUACGAAACGCUGAUCUAAGUAUAAUCCUUUUUGUUUUCUUUGGGUAGACAUAUCUGAAUACAAUUAGGUGGCACUUGUUUGUGGAAGAACAACAACCUGUAACUUGCAGCUUUGUUCUUUAUUCAACAGACUUGUCUCGCUAUUCCUGUUUCGUUUGUCAAAUUGACAGUUGUAAAUUGUGAGGUGUAUUUCAUGUAAUAUUUAUAACUAUGGUAAUUAUUUCUGUGUUAUUAAUGUGCAUUAUUUAGAUAGUUAAUUUAUUGAUGGUCGUGGUUUAUUUCAGGGCUUUAAUGUAUCACUGAACAUUUGAAGAUUUUAUAAAUAGCCUUAUUUUAAGGGUUACAUCGAAUUAAAUGUGGUUUGUAAGUGUGCAAGUCAAAUAGAUACCUAACGUUACGUUAGAAAAAAAGAUAGGGUAGAUUUUGGCAGACGAGAGGUUCAGAUCUGGCACAGUCAGAGUAUCUGGUUGAAAACAUUUCCAAUCCGCCAAUGCUGGAUCUGGAAGUCGUCCCUGAGCGAUCUUUGGGAAAUGAACAAUGGGAAUUCGCAUUAGGGAUGCCAUUGGCCCAGGCCAUAUCCAUUUUACAAAAACACUGCCGCAUCAUCAAGAAUGUCCAGGUUCUUUAUAGUGAACAAACACCACUUAGCCAUGACCUCAUUCUCAACUUGACUCAGGAUGGAAUCAAACUGUUGUUUGACGCCUGCAAUCAGAGACUGAAGGUUAUUGAAGUUUAUGACUUGAGCAAGGUGAAACUGAAAUACUGUGGAGUACACUUCAACUCUCAGGCUAUAGCACCUACAAUCGAGCAGAUUGACCAGUCGUUCGGCGCAACACAUCCUGGUGUUUACAAUGCCGCAGAGCAGCUCUUCCACUUAAACUUCCGAGGCCUGUCGUUCUCCUUCCAGCUGGACUCUUGGAACGAGGCUCCCAAGUAUGAGCCUAACUUUGCCCAUGGCUUGGCCUCCCUGCAGAUUCCCCAUGGUGCCACCGUCAAACGGAUGUACAUUUACACUGGGAACAACCUCCAGGACACCAAGGCUCCAGUGAUGCCCCUGGCCUGUUUCCUUGGGAAUGUGUAUGCUGAGUGUGUGGACGUGCUGAGGGAUGGGACUGGUCCGUUGGGUCUUAGACUCCGCCUGCUCACUGCAGGCUGUGGUCCUGGGGUGAUGGCGGACGCUAAGGUGCGAGCUCUGGAGAGGAACAUCUACUUUGGCGACUCGUGUCAGGACGUGUUGAGCGCUCUGGGUUCUCCACACAAAGUCUUCUACAAGUCGGAGGACAAGAUGAAGAUCCACUCGCCCUCCCCGCACAAGCAGGUGCCGUCCAAAUGCAAUGACUACUUCUUCAACUACUUUACCUUGGGAGUGGACAUACUGUUUGAUUCUACGACACACCUGGUGAAGAAGUUUGUCCUGCAUACCAACUUUCCUGGCCAUUAUAACUUCAACAUAUAUCAUCGAUGUGAUUUCAAGAUUCCACUGUUUAUUAAAAAAGGUGAUGCAGAGGCUUCAGGGGAGGACUGCAUCCUCACCAGCUACAGUAAGUGGGAUCAGGUCCAGGAGCUGCUGGGACACCCCAUGGAGAAACCGGUCGUGCUACACAGGUCAUCAUCAGCAAAUAACACCAAUCCUUUUGGAUCCACCUUCUGUUUUGGACUGCAGAGAAUGAUUUUUGAGGUGAUGCAGAACAACCACAUAGCAUCGGUGACGCUGUACGGAGCACCUCGGGUCAACAACCACCCCCGAGCAGAGGCCUCUGCCCACUAAAACCGCUCCUUCCUCUCCUCCUCCUCCUCUCCUCGUCCUCCUCCUCCUCCUCCUCCUCCUCCUCGUGCAUCACCAAGUCCUCCUCCAACCCCUGUACAGCGCAGCGUGCCUUCAUCAUCACCUGACCCCACCUGUUUCCCCUGAGGCAUGCUGGGAACUCUCUCGGAAUCCUCUGCUUGUCUCAGAAUGUCCUGAUGUUCCAACCCACCCACCCAACCACCCCCUUACCUCUGUAUGCCCCCACCCCCAAUCUAGCAUCCCAAAUGCCCCCGACUCUCCACACCUUUAGCCUGAGCUCCAGACCCUAUACCUGUGUACCCUGACCUCCACCCCCAAGGCUUACAGCUUACAGAUGCGUCCUUCCACUGCCCCCUCCCCCCCUUACCAUCUGGGCUGGAGUAUAUGUCUGGCAAACUAGCGUCUGGGGGCACCCUUAGUCAAGGCAAAGAGUGUGUUAAGAAUGGCUAACAGCAGACAUAUGUGCACACACGCUGUACAAAUGUGCAGACAUGCGUCCAUUUUUAACUAACAUACACAUGCUGUAACGUGCAGUUCAGGCAUACUUACAUUGCUUACACACACACACACACACACACACACACACACACACACACACACACACAUA